GGGGUCUCCUUGGAACCUGGCCCCCUUCUGCCCUCUCCUGGGCCGAGCCAGGUUAUACCAGUGGCAUGGAAGUGAGACUGUACUUGAAGUUUAAAUAACUGAGAGGAUCCCCAUCUCCAGUCACUAAAGCUUAAAAGCUUUUGACUGCCGCCGCCUAUACCCCCAUCCUGUCCUCACCUUCUGUUGUGAGCAUCCCAGUGUGGAGCGGUGUGCUAUCCCGAUGCCACCAUGCCCAUCAUUAGUAAUGCCAACCACGACUUCAGCAAUCUCUCGGUUAGUGAUGACAGCAGUCUUGACCGCAUCUUCACAGAGAUCCCUGAGACUGAGACUGUAAAGGGUGUGCACUACCAGAGGGCCCAGUUCAUUCGUCGGCAAGAGGACCUUCUGUCCGUCGACCACGGACUGCUGGCAGUGAUCAACGUUGGGGGAAACCGCUACACCUUCCCAUGGAGCACCCUGGAGCAGUUCCCCCUCACCCGACUGGGCCGUCUGUGUGGCUGCCGGUCGCCAGAGGACAUCGCCAAUGUCUGCGAUGACUAUGAUGAAGCCCGCAAGGAGUUCUUCUUUGACCGCUCACCAUCUGCCUUCAGAGUCAUCCUCAACUUCCUGGCAGCGGGGAAACUCCGCCUCCUACGGGAGAUGUGCAUCCUGUCCCUGCAUGACGAGCUGAAUUACUGGGGAGUGGAGAUGGCCUACAUGGAGCGCUGCUGCAAGAGGAAGAUGUACACCCGCAUCGAGGAGGUGCACGAGCACGAGAGGCGGGAGGAGGAGCGGAGGCAGAGGAACGUCAUGCAGCACCUGCCCAUGGAGGAGACCAGGUACCGGAAGACGAUGAACUGGCUGAGGGACAUGGUGGAGAACCCACAGUCCGGCUUGCCGGGGAAGAUCUUCGCCUGUAUGUCAGUGCUCAUGGUGGCUGUGACUGUCAUCAGUUUGUGUAUCAGCACCAUGCCAGACCUGAGAGAGGAGGAGGACAGGGGCGAGUGUUCCACCAAGUGCUACCACAUGUUCAUCAUAGAAACAGUAUGCGUGGCCUGGUUCUCCCUGGAGUUUGUGUUGCGAUUCAUCCAGGCCCGCAGCAAGCUGGACUUCCUGCGUGGUCCCCUCAACAUCAUCGACGCGAUGGCAAUCCUGCCCUACUAUGUCUCCCUGGUGGUGGAGGAUGAAGACCCGGCCCUGGAGCAUGAGCGGCCCGGGGGAGGGAAGGGCUAUCUGGACAAGCUGGGCCUGGUGCUGCGGAUCCUGCGGGCCCUGCGGAUUCUCUACGUGAUGCGUUUGGCGCGCCACUCCCUGGGCCUGCAGACACUGGGACUGACGGUGAGACGCAGCACCCGGGAGUUUGGCCUGCUCCUGCUCUUCCUCUGUGUGGCCGUCACGCUCUUCUCUCCCCUGGUCCAUCUGGCUGAGAGCGAGCUGACGGGUGCCCAGGACUUCAGCAGCAUCCCAGCGUCCUACUGGUGGGCCAUCAUUUCCAUGACGACCGUGGGCUAUGGCGACAUGGUGCCCAGGUCCAUUCCAGGGCAGGUGGUGGCGCUGAGCAGCAUCCUCAGCGGGAUCCUCAUCAUGGCCUUCCCCGCUACCUCUAUUUUCCACAUGUUCUCCCGCUCCUACCAGGAGCUCAAGAUGGAGCACGAUCGGCUGUUCAAAGAGGAGUGCGCUGCAGCUGCUGCUGCCGCUGCUGCUGCUGCUGCUGCUACUGCUAGCACCGGCACUGGGGAGCUUCAGGAGGCAGGGGGGUUAGCAGCGGAAAGUGAGGGAGGAGGGUUGGAGGACUUCCCUCCGUCUGGAUUAAGUCUUCGUCUGGAUAAGGAGAGCCCACACUCCCUUGAAUCUCGGGCUCUGCUGGGGAAAGGGGGUGACGCUGCAGGAAAUAACAACCACAGUCUGCCAGAUGGAGCUUUUUAA